AUGUCUGCUGCACAGUCAAACGGUGUCACUCGGCCGUCGCCUACCCAGGCCCAUUCGUGGGAACAUCCAAACCACUCGCCCUCACCCCCUUCCGCAUCCAGAGAACGUUCACCCUCCGAGACCGCGACAUCACACUUCCCUCUCAAUGACAUCGACUAUGAAUCCAGUCCGGCUGCGGUCGCGCAAGAGCUGAGCAAUCUACAAGCCCUGAGGCGGAUGUCAAUGAGUGUAGGUGCAACAGACGAUCCAGAUCUACCACAACUUAGCCCUGCUGGCAUGCCCAAUGCCCCUUCAUCACACUCCAGCGAAGAUGAUGCCUCACGUCUAUUCUGGGUCCCAGCUCGCCUACAUCCGGAGUUGGCGCCAAAGGAAUUUAAAUCGUUUUUGGACAGCAAGGCUGAACAGAUAAGAAGAAGAUCUGGAGAGCUCUCUGCAUUUGCAUCACCCUCAUCAUCAAGGUCGAGUUCGCUGAGUAUUGAGAGCGCAAGCACCGCCAGUAGCCUCCGACGCAAGAAGUCGAUGUUAUCACGCCAAAUUGACAAUUCAGUUGGUUAUGAAGAUGGAGCGGACAGACUUGAAAGAAAGAAGUCUCAAUCUCGUCGAGGCGCGCCGCUUGAUCCAAACUUGCAGGAGCUUGAAUCUCUGGUUGCAAACAAUUCUGCCCUUCCGCCGACCACUCUUGUUGACAGUCCUACCAUCGAUGAAACCGCAGAUAUCAUACUACCUUCAGUACCGGGGUCAAGUUUGAAGAGAUCUACGCGGACCACGUAUAGACGGGGAGGGAGUGUGAAGGGGAAAAGCGCAGAUCGGAGCACUUAUGCUCAAAGAGCUGCCAGGAGAGCUGCAACAUCAAGCCCGAGUGGAAGCCGGCCUGAGACGCCCGAAUCGACCAUGCCACCUAUGCCUGCUAUUCCUAGCUUUGCGACGAUGGACCUUUCUAAUCUUGCCGAGACAUUGAAAGACCCAUCUGGUUCAUCUAAGACGGGUCCUACAAAUUUCUCUCGACCUGCUGGUCGAGCGUCGUCGCCGUCCUCGUCAGAAAUUGGAUCGUCCGUGCCUUCAACCUUCGAGUCAAUCCUUAGCGAUGAUAAUCCCACAAGAAGAACGAGUACAUCAACCAUGCCGGAGCUGCGCAAGGUGCCAGUAGGCAGCAAGUCCCCACCACCCACCAGCUCCGCGUGGGAUAGAAAGCCAGUCCCACAGAUAGUCGAGGUACCGCCUCCAGAGGAAACAACACUCCAAGUUCAGCCGCCGCGGACCUCUUCCAUACAACCUACAAUACCACCUGUGCAGCCGCCCAUACGGCAUCCAGAAAGAGUAUCUUCUCGAGAAGACAGAAUUAAAACCCCCUCUCCGCAGCGCCCCCCUCUACCGUCUAAGCAGGCGAUGCCAAGUGUCACAGCCAUGCCACCAAGAGGAAGCAACAUGCCUCCUCAAACACGUCCUUCACAAAGCCUUGACCAGCCAUCACCAUUACCAGGCAAUGAUACCAACACCAGCAACUUGUCCUACAUCCCUACCCUUACUGUUGACAAACGUGCGGAUCACAAAAAGAAAGAGGAACCGAAGAAAUCCGGUUGGAGCUGGGGCUCAUUGGUGGGCAAGCAAGAUGGGGACAAGGAGAAAGCAGAAAAACCCAAGGCAAAGAUUUCCAAGCCUCCACAACAACACGACAACACAAGACUUGACGUACUGCAAACAUCAAUCGAGAGCAGUGGUAAGGGUCGCGAAAGCAUAGUUCUGGAUCGAGACAACUUGAAACUCGAAGAAGAACGCAAGAAGGAAAGUCAACGUAAAUCGUCAAGUGGCGAAUCCAAGAAAGAAAAAGAAAGUCUAUUUUCAUCGAUAUUUGGAGGAAAGAAGUCGAAAGCCGAAAAAGAGGACAAGGGCAAGAAAUACCGCGACCGAGGGUUAUCUCCGGAACCACCUUAUCGGGAAUUACGGCCGGAUAUCGACUACAAUUGGACGAGGUUUUCAAUUUUGGAAGAGAGAGCGAUCUAUCGCAUGGCGCAUAUCAAACUGGCUAAUCCACGUCGGGCUCUUUACUCGCAAGUAUUGCUGAGCAACUUCAUGUACAGCUACUUGGCGAAAGUUCAACAAAUGCACCCUCAGAUGAAUUUACCCACGAGCGCAAAGCAGCAACGGAAGCAAGAGGCGAAGAGCCAACAGCCGGACGAGUUUACUCAGUACCAGCGGUAUCAACAGGUAAGGCGAAGCGUGUUACACGAUCCGGCAACAUCACUGACGCACACUAGCAGCAGCAAGAAGAACAGCAGCAACCCGUUGAGCAGCAUCCUGAGGAGGGUGCCAGCGAUGACUACGAUGCUAGCGAGCAACGACCGAGUUCGAGGGGCAGUAAACAGUCCGCGCAAAGUAAUGGAUCCUCUUCAUAUGGUGGUGGUUACAACAAUCAGUAUUCCUCCAACAACCAACAGCAGGGACAGUCGUCUCGGUCCCAGUUAG